AUGAGCCUAAUGGACGUUGUCACAAGUUACACUAUUACAUGGUUGAAAGAUGAAGCCAAAAUCACGAAGUCGUUCACAGAACUUGCCGAUGGCGUCGAGGACUCAAAAUACAGCCUAAAUAUUUUUGCAGAACAAGGAACAGGAUUCGUUUCCUCCCUGCAAAUCAAAGGUUUGACUGAAGAAGAUGAAGGCACAUUUACUUGUGAGCUUAUGAAUAAAAGUUCUUCAAGAGAAGGAAAAUCAGUGUCCAUAAGCGUUGAAGGCAUGGUUGGGACAGCUGGGACAAAAGUUGACAAGUAUGAAUCUGGAACAAUCUUCGACAGCACAACAUAUAUUCCUUCAGAGGAUAUAAACAGAUCCGGAUCUGACGAAACGAUGCAGCAAUACGAGGAGACAACACCGGUGUUACUUAGCGUUAAUGAAACUAGCACUACUAUACACAUCAUGAAUAUUGAUACGAAAACCACCAACAAGGGCAUGGAUAUCGAAAAUAAAACGGACAGUAACUUGAGCACAGGAGCUAAUUUAAUGUCUACCGCAAACAACAAAACCGAGGACAACAACCUGACAACAGGAGCUAAUUUCAUGUCUACUGCAAAUAACAAAACCGAGGACAACAACCUGACAACAAGAGCUAAGGUCGUCUCUACUGUAGGCAAUACAACGAAUGCACUCGAAGGUGAAAAUCAUCUAGAAGAUGGGAAUAAUGCUGGUCUAAUUGCUGGAAUAACGGUGACUAUUCUACUGCUUAUUGUGGUGGCAAUCAUAAUGGUACUAAUAAUUAAACGACGGCAAGACAUAAAUUGGGAAAUCUGCUUCCAUAAAUCAAAGAGGAAGGAAUAUGAACCUCCACAAAAUGACAGCUUUACAGACUAUCAAAAUUUGGGAUACACUAAAGAAAUGGUGCCUAACCAUAGUUAUAUUAAUAACGAACAGGCUGUCAGAGCAAGACGAGCUUACGAGGAUGCAAAUGACAAAGAUUUCCUAAGUGAAUACGAAACUAACAAAAGUAUGCAGAAGAAGAGUUCUAGAAAGGAAGGCGCGAAUGGUGUACCCAAAACAUUGUCCCAGGAUGACUCAUCAGAAUCGGAUUGUUUUAGAGAUUUUCCCGAUAGAGGAAAUGAUGGUGUCUUUCAAAAGAAGAAAAACAGUCCCUACGAAACAUGCCAUGAUAUAACUUUUCUACAGAAUUUUUAGAUCAAAUGACCAUGGAUUCUUUCGCAUGUGAGUUAAGGCUAGGUAUAGGCAAAUCUAUGCAAAUAAAGUAAUUAAAUGCCUAAGGACUAUAUCUAUUUUACAGAGAAAGUUAAAACUUAUUGUCUAAUACAUACUUGGUACCCGCGACAUGAGAUAGCCAGUACACAUAAUGACGUCAUAUUAUGACGCCAUUGUUCUUUACUACACAUGAUUAUAAUGGAUAUCAACAAAAAUGCUUGGCGCAAGGGCAUGCUCUAUUUUAUUUGACUGAAACAAGGUAUAUUUAGAAGCAAAAUAUUCCAGUGUUUGCUGGUAUUGCUGCACAAAUAUCAACAGCUCAGUUGUAUAAUUUCAAUUUAAGUUGAAAUGGGUAAAAAUGUACAGUCCGGUAUAAGUUUCCUUAAAUUCCGCUCAAAUUAGAAAAUGCCUAGGAUUUGUGCAGCGGUUUUAUUAAUCUAUAGAAUAUUCUUCUUAGCAUUAUACAUUUUCUAUGUAAAAAUAAAUAGGGUAAUCCCUUGCGCCGAAGCUGUUUUGUUGAUGUGUUAU